GGCCGUCCAUCUCUCUCUGUUCCCUCAUCUCUUGAGCUCUUGCUUUCAUGCAUGCAUGCAGAUGCAAUUAAAGUCCCACGGCCACGCUGCCGACGACGUCAACGUGCGUUGCUUGCAGCUAGCUACAGCUAGAGCAGCCGUAAUCUUCCUUAUCAGUCAGCUGUAUACCAGCCAGUCUUCUGCAGAGGACGGUGGAUCAUUAUUACUAUGUUUAGCAUCUGACGGGGAAACACACUGACAGCUACCGGCUCUGUCAGUCAGAGAGCUUCAAAUCCAGCAUUGAGCGAGAGAUCUUUCUUCUUGCUGUUCCAUUUUCAUUCCAUCUAUAUUUCUCUGCAGAAGUAUUUCUAAACCAAUGGCAUCAAGUACUCGACAGUAUAAUUCUUUUAGCUAUUCCUCCAAGAACACAACACUCUCUCAACUAUUUCACAGCAUAGAAGCAAAAUUGCUCUUCAAUCGCCUCUUCGUUCAGGAGACAAGUAAUUGUUCUAUUCUUCUGUCAAUUGUGUGAGAGAGCCAAUCUUCAUUCACUAUAUCAUCCGUACUAUUCCUCUGUCGAUUGGGCAGUAGAGCCAAUCUUUCCUCUGGAGUUCGUGGCCUGUAUAUUAUAUAACCUCUCCGUGGAGGUAUUGGAUUCAGCUUGAUUUUCAUUUGGCAUGAACCUCUGAUGUCAAUAUUCUCGUUGAGUAACUUGCAUAAUAGAUGACAUGUCAAGAAUCAAUCAGUGCGUUACGUCGAUGCAAAUGGAUUCCACGCAAGGAUUGGCAGAAUAGUUUGAGAGAAUAAAGGCGUUAACGAGAUUGUGAGCCACCUUAUUAAUCCUGUGAGAGUGCGUGAAUGCGCUCACGUCACCACCUCGUCGAUGCUUCACUUAUAGACUUCGGUGAGAAUGGGAAGUGGAAGUAACUUGUAUAUUUCCAUGGAAACCGGUAAAUGAAGUGAGGGGAGCUUCAGCGGUUGUUUCUAGUGAUCGACACUCGUGCAUUUCUAUCUUAUCGUCAUUCAAACCAACAGAUUUCUUUGCGCAGUCACGUUUGUAUCAUUUCUCUCAAGAAUACUAGAAGUCCAUAGAUUUGAAUUCUCAAUAAAAAAGGAAGAUACUGUCAAUGUGAUGUAACUGAAAUUUGUUAGUGAGCAGACUUAACUACAGAGAUUGCCUCUUGUCCAGCUAUAAAUUUCUCAAGCGGUUUUUGACUUGAUUACAAGAAAUUUACUGUCCUUUUGUUAUGACAACUUUUUCUUCAGUGGGCAACAUUUGCAUGUAACCUGCAAUCUUUAGAAGCUGUUUUUCGGAAAUUGCAAAUGUAACUGUUAUUUACGUCAACAUUUUUAGAGUGAAAUUCACAUUAGCUUGUUGAUUUCAUUUUUCGCUGCUUUGGAAGUUGUAUGACUUUAUCUGAACUGCAACAACUGUACUUCUAUUUUUGAAAACGUCAAACACCAUGAACGAAAUUAGCAAUGAAAACCUUUCAAGUGAGAGCAGCACAGAUAUGGCUGGAGAACACAUGCGGGACAUGCUGUCAGGGAUGCACAAUUGGUACGCUUGCUCUCAUGCCAGACCCACCUAUUGCAAUGUGUGUCGGGAAGCCCUCUCAGGCGUUACCUCACAUGGGCUUUCCUGUGAAGUAUGCAAAGUCAAGGCUCAUAAACGAUGCGCAGUACGAGCGAUGAACAACUGCAAAUGGACGACGCUGUCAUCGAUAGGCAAAGACAUCAUCGAGGAGGAAGAUGGGGUGAUUGCCAUGCCCCACCAGUGGUUAGAAGGUAACCUACCAGUCAGUGCCAAGUGUGCCGUCUGUGACAAGACAUGCGGGAGUGUCCUCCGUCUGCAGGACUGGCGUUGCCUCUGGUGCAGGGAAGUGGUCCAUUCCGGCUGCAAGGCCCACUACCCUGCCAAGUGUCCCCUGGGCCACUGUCGCCUUUCCAUCAUCCCACCCACGGCGCUCAACUCCAUGUCCUCCGACGGGUACUGGCAGGCCUCCAAAAACGGGUGUGGCAGCCCCCUCCUAGUCUUCGUCAACUCGAAGAGCGGGGACAACCAGGGCGUCAAGUUCCUUCGUCGUUUCAAGCAGCUCCUCAACCCAGCUCAGGUCUUUGAUCUUAUGAACGAUGGCCCACAUAUAGGGCUGCGAUUAUUCCAAAACUUUGACACAUUCCGUAUCUUGGUGUGUGGUGGUGAUGGGAGCAUCGGAUGGGUGCUUUCAGAGAUUGACAAAAUGGAACUCCACAAACAGUGUCGAAUAGGUGUCCUGCCCUUGGGUACCGGCAACGACCUUGCCAGGGUGUUAGGCUGGGGAACAGCCUGCGAUGAUGACACUAAUCUACAGGUCAUACUGGAGAAAUUGGAGAUAGCUAGCACAAAAAUGCUGGACAGAUGGAGUAUAUGGACGCAGGAGAUCCCCAUGGCUCAUGCAGAAGAGGUGACUCCUGGGGAACCGGUGGAAGGAGACAACAAGAUGGGCGAGGUUGGUCUGGAUGCGGAGAGCCAUCGGGAGAAGGAGAUGAUCUCCAGCUACGAGGACUCGGUCGCAACGCAUCUCGCCAAAAUCCUCCACUCAGACGAAAACACGGAAGUCAUCUCGUCAGCCAAGGUGCUGUGUGAGACAGUGAAAGAUUUUGUAGAGAAGAUAGGACACGCCUACGAGGAAGGAGGCUCCCAUUCCAAAGAUGCGCAGAUCAUGAAAGAGAAGUGCAAUCUCUUAAAUGAGAAGUUGAACCUUCUGCUGCAAACCCUGAAGGUGGAGGCCCAGGCCACGCCCUUACCCCCCGGAUCCAUCCUCCCCAUCAUCACGGCUGCCGCUGCCGCCGCUGUAACCACCACCACUACCAGCUCCGGAGGGGGCGUCGGCACCCCUCCAGUCCUUCCCCGCUCCCCUUCAUUCCACGGCUCGGAGAAGCACCUGGAGGAAUCGCAAGAGAAGGAUGUCUGUGAGAGCAAGGACGGGGCCGGAGACGGGGAUACCCUUGAACAGAUGACCGGUCCGUCAACAUCGUCCAGAGUCUUCAAGCCUCGAGAUGCUCUUAUGUCAAGGGCCAAUAGUCUAAAGAAGGCUGUACGUCAGAUUAUUGAACAAACAGAAAAGGCGGUUGAUGAACAAAAUGCACAAACAGAAGAGCAAGAGGCCAAGACCAUCAAAGCCAUUGCAGCUACAGCUGCUGCGGCCAUAUCCAGUGCUACCACAGCUACAACACAGGCACCCAAGCCUAAGGUUACCAUAGUAACACCAUCCAGCGACCUGGAGAUGUCCGACCAAGAGGACGACAAUAACCAGUCUACCAAAGUGCCUGAAUCAUCGGAAUCGACCAAAGAUGACCCGCAAGGUUCCAGGUCAUCACCUUUCUCCAUCUAUCUCUCAUCCACCAAAGCAAAGAUUGAGAAGAAGAAAGAGCGCAUUGGGCUGAAAUCACCUCGGUCUCCGUUCAGAAUGCGUCGCAUCAGCCACGGCAGCACGCUCUCCUCUCAUCACGGCUUUGGUUUCGGGCCCGUGGGUGUCUCGCAGAAGUUUGGCAGCAUGGAAAACAUUUCCAUUUUGCCAGGUUUAGAUACUUUAUUAGGACCCAGUUUAGGGCGCACGAACCCCAUGUUAAGCAAGAGUAUAGGCACGCUAGCCGGAGGAAUGGGCGGGGCCGGUAUCAUCAGUAAAGUGCUAUUAGCCAAUGCCGACGCCCUAUGUGCCGCUGCGUCGCCGCUAAUGGACCAGGACACUGAUAAAGUAGAGGGCUUUUCAGAAUCCUGCGUCAUGAACAACUAUUUUGGGAUAGGAUUGGAUGCCAAAAUCACCUUAGAUUUCCAUAAUAAAAGAGAGGAACACCCAGAAAAAUGCAGAAGUCGCACCAAAAACAUGAUGUGGUAUGGAAUGUUGGGGACCAAGGAGCUCGUUCAUCGGACGUACCGUAACCUGGAGCAGAAAGUGCAGCUGGAGUGCGACGGUCAAAGGAUACCCCUCCCCAGUCUUCAGGGGAUUGUAGUUCUCAAUAUCCCUAGUUAUAUGGGUGGGGCUAACUUCUGGGGGACGACAAAGGAAGAUGAGACCUUCACAGCUCCAUCGUUUGAUGAUAAAAUCCUUGAAGUCGUAGCAGUCUUUGGUGGAAUGCAGAUGGCAGUCUCAAAACUCAUUACACUCCAACAUCAUAGGAUAGCCCAGUGUCGCGUUGUGAAGAUCACCAUCCUGGGAGAAGAGGGUGUCCCAGUGCAGGUGGAUGGAGAAGCGUGGGUACAACCGCCGGGGCUUGUCAAGAUCCUACACAAGAACAGAGCUCAGAUGCUGGUCAGAGAUAAGCAAUUUGAGAGUACCCUCAAGUCAUGGACAGAGAGGAGAAAGAUAGAGCGCCCCCUGCAACCCCUCAUUGACGAGGAGAUUGAAAUUGUGAGGCAUUUCUGUGGCACAACAUCCCAGCUCAUUGACACAAUCAAGAUUGCUGCUCAGCACAGCAGUCCCAUACAGUCCGAGCUCCUGCACAAGGCCAUGGCGACGGCUGCGUGUCAGGAACGCCUCUUUAGCACUGAACGAUCAACUGAGGGAAUGAGCAGAAAGGUCCUUAACGAAGUUGUGGUCAGUGCGAGGAAUCUUUUUAGUGAGAGCAGCCUCUUUAUGGCCAGAAAGGCAUAUGCAUUGCGUUUACCGGAGAACAUCCUUGACGCGCUCAACCACGACAUCAAUGCUGUCGACAACGAGCUUCGCAAGGUUUCAACUAUAGAGGGAGCCAUUUGCUAUGUGGAGGAGGAGGGGCAUCAUCACCACGCCCAUAUACCGGUGGAUGUGUAUAGGAAACACACCAAGGGGAAAUUCAAGAUACCCAUGGUGUCGAGGUUCAAGAAGCCGACGAAGAAGGACUUCAAGUCGUCCAGCUCUGCGACUGGAGGUUUGAGCGUUGUCAAGCAAUGGACCGUGGAGGAGGUAGGGGCGUGGCUUGAGGGCUUGUUGCUAGGUGAAUACAAGGAUCAGUUUAUCAGGAAUGAUAUCAGAGGGUCGGAGCUUCUAAGUCUGGAGAGAAGAGACCUCAAGGAUAUUGGAGUAACCAAAGUGGGCCACAUCAAGCGAAUCCAACAAGCCAUCAAAGACCUAGACAAAAGAGAGGUGGAGCCUACAGUGCUGGAGGCGGGACCUUCAGGCAGUGGGGCUCUCUGAUUGGUUAUAUCAACAAUGGAACAUCAUGGAUGAUUGGAAUGCUCCAUUUCCCACUGAAGGGGUGUAUAUGUGUCAUGUAAAAUGAGGUAAUUUAUUCAUUGUAAAUGAAAGGUGAUUUUUAACUGCAAUUGAGGUUAUAAAUGUUUGUUUCCUUGGGAUUGAUAAAAAAAAUGGUGCAGAAAAGACAGAAAAUAUCUUCUGGGAAGAAAAGAAAAUGUAUCCAGUUUUUAGCAAUACAACAGAAAGCCAAACAAAAACGUUUGAGAUGGAAAAAUAAUCAAGCCAGUAUGGCUGAUUUGUAAAUUUGAUGGCUAGGAACAAAGAUCAGAAAAUGUUGAAGAAAACAACUCAUUCAUGAAAAUGCAUGUGGAAAAAUAUUGGUGUAAUGUGGGAAAAUCGAUAAGGAAUGAAGCUUGAGAAUUUUUGCUUGUUGGAAAAGGUUUUCAUGAUAAUAGACAUGAAACUUGAAAUUGGGAGAGGUAUUUUUUCUUAAUAUCACUAAAUGACUUCAAAAGUUCAGAUUUUAUCAUUAUGCAUUUGUAUGUCGAUACUCAGCGUAUUCACACAUGUGUUAAUGAUACAGGUAUCAUUGAAAUGCAAUGGUUCAUUUGUAAUAUCAUUUGUAAAAUCAUCAUGUAUCAAAAUACAUCAUAUUCAUGCAACUAUGCAACAAACAAUCACAAUAAAUGGGGGUGUUUAUAAGAUGCAUUGAGUUUUUAUACCAAUGCCACGUUGCAUUCAGAUUUUUAUCAGUGUCAUGUAGACAAAAGUACCCGAGGUACACCUGACAUAGCGUUGACUGAUGCACGUAAGUCGUCAUCAGUCUCACAGAUUUAUCCAAGCACGUUUCGUCUGUUGACCAGAUUGGAGAUUCUUCCAAAUAAUGCGAUGAUAUAAUUAAGAUUUUUUCAGACAAUAUAAGUCAUAUCAGACCUGCAGUUCUCGGUCCUGUUACUCAAAGAGUAGCGAGUGAUUUACAAUCGAUUCUCUUUUUUGACUGUACAUGGAGAUCUAUGUGCAAUCAAUCAUCAGAAUUUGUUCAAUGAUCAAUUGUUCUGCUUAAUGAUGCGGAGCCCAUAUAAGCUCAGAGCCGUGUGACAUAAAGCUUAGUAAUCGAUUAUAGGGCUGAUUUUUAUGAUUGAUCAUACACAAUAAUCAAUGCAAUCAAUUGUAGAAAUCAGUCUCACAAUUAAUUGCAAAGCUUUAUGAUACUGGGUUCUGAAAUGAACAACAUGAUUACUCUAUGAAUCGCACUUUGAUUUCAAUCACGGUGCAAGUCAUGAUAACGGAAAUCAAGCAUUUUUUCAAGUAAAAACUUGUAACAAAAUCAAUGUAAUGCCGUUCUUGCACUCCAGAGGCAAGAUGCAUGUCUGUAUCCUGCAAGAAGGGCUUAAGUGCUACAUAUGACCUUCUUCAGGAAUUAAACAGAAUUUUGAACAGGAAUUAUUAAAUGCAGAAAGGAACUUAAAGGUUAAAUGAUUUUAAUUUUUGAGAGAGAGAGUCAUGAAUAUGACGAACAUGAGGGAUAUCAAUUAAAUCUUUUAAUAUGAGGUAUAGGCUUGUUCAGGUCUCAUUGCACAAAGUUUAGCAGAUUUUUUUUAAAUGUAAAGAAAUCAUGGAGAUGAUAUGAAAUUGGAAAUACUAAGGUGAGUGCUUUGUAAAGAUGAAUGAAGAAUAUGAAAAAAAUUAUUGCGAAUUUGUAAACAUAAUUUUUUGUAUUAGUAUGAAGUAAAAGGCUUGCACUGGCAUCAUUGCACAAGUUUGGGGUGUCGAUAGUGUACAGAAAAUCAUGAUGAAAAUGUUAAUGAUAUGAUGUUUAUUGUGAGAAGGAAAGAAAAUAGUGCUAAAAAAUGUUCGAUUUGUAAAGAAUGUGGAUUGCUUGAAAGAUUUUGAUCUUUGUACAGGUCUCAUCGCACAAAGCCGUUGUGAAGAAAAAUUAUCAGAAAGCUGUACACCAUGUUAAAGACAGAUUGCCAUAUAAGCAUUUUUUUACACAGAAUAAUUGCAAUAUGUUACAAAUUCUAUGAAAAUGGAGAGGACAGGGCUAAAGGAUGCACCAGAAAAAGUUGUUGGUUAUGUGCAUUUUAUCGAUGUAAAAAGCAGUGUAUGUUUUUUAGGAGCAGGAAGAAUCGCGUUUGCUAGCAUAACUCAGUGGAAUGCACCAUAAAAAAGGUGAUUAAUUUUUCGAAGUGCAGUAAAUAAACAAUGCAAGAAAAUUAACUCGAUGAAAUGCAGACAAAGCCGGGCAGAAGGUCCAACAAUAUAUGAAAAAAUAUUGGAAGAAGGAUACACGACUUGUAUCUUUAUUUUAAUGUGGAGAUAAUGUGAAUAUCAGAGAGGUGAUCCAGACAGUUCUGGGUUCUAAAAAUGUGCGAGUAUUUGUUUUUGGUUUUUUAAGCUUUUUUAAUACCGUAGUUAUGUGAUGAGAAAUUCGGGGCUGGUCCCCGAUUUGCAAGUAUUACUUUCUUAGCGUGAUUUUAUGCCAAUUUGUAUAUCGAAAAAUGUCAAAAUAAUAUUUCAAAAAAAAAAAAAAAUGUUUCCAAGAGCCCUAAUUUCCUCUUGUUUUUGUAUGUACAGUAUUUAUGGAUUUGAAAAUGAGAGAUUAUUGUACUCUGCACAAAGAAAUGUAGAUUAUUUGGUAUCUAUUUAUUUAUUCCAGUUUUAACUCCUUAACUAUCUUUUUUGAAAAUAUUCUUCAGUAAUAGUUUUAAUCAACAUCAUUUUUUCCUUCCCUCAUUAGAUUUUGCAGUUUAAAAAUUACUUUUAACCAUUUUUUUUAAAUCUUUAUGUAUUUUUUUAUUCGUUUCUCUUCAAUUUUUGAACAAAAAAAAUUACAUGAAAUGAAUUCCUUAUGUUUCUCAAGAUAAUCACUAGUAAAACAUUUUGAUGGAUGUGUUUUAAAUCUUUUCAUUGAUUUUGGUGUUUCUAUUAGGUUUGAAUAUUUUCAGUCUGUCAUCCAGUUUGUGUUUCAAAUUAAAAAAAACUCAUUGUAUCAUUUUCUGACAAUUUUAUAUUAAUUUUUAUGUCCAUUUCUCUCAUUUUCCCUUUAUCUAUUUGUCACAUUUACAUCUACAUCUUUCCGAUUACAUCAUGCUUUUACAUUUUCGAAGAGGAAUUCAUCAUUUUUUUCUCUGCAUAGAGUAUGCAAUGCUGCCAUGUGUGUUUUCCAAAUCUUCUUUUUUGCUCCAUAUCUGUUUUUUUUCAUAGCAAUACAAUCAGAAAUGUACUCUGGUUGAAAAAGAAACGUUUGCUAGUCUAGGUGUAAACAUUCCAUUGUAAGGAUAGUCAUAUCAAGCCUUAAUAUGUGCAACUGUCAAGCACCAAUACUUCUCUAAAACAUUGAUCACAGCACAUUUUUGUUUCAUUGUUUCGGUGAACGAUCACCCUCCGCACAUCGUUAUCACAUCGUACAAGAAUGUGGAUUGCGCAGGUCAUUCUACUUUCAUUUUAAAAAAGUAGAAUAUUAUAUGACCACCAAUAUCUGUGUGACAUACGGUAAGGAUAAAUUUGACUCAAAAGAGGUAAACUACAUUUGUUUUGCAUAAUUGGCUCAAAGAAUUGCUUUGAAUGUUUAUUGGUAGUCAAAAUUACGACUUUUGGGAGGUUGUCCUGUUUACCUAUUAUUUGUGCUUGGGGUGUUUAUGCACCAAUGUGACUAUACAAUGCCGGGCCUCAUACAGGGAGCUUCAUUUCCAAUUACUGUGCUUCCUAUUUUCUGUUCUAUACAUGUAGGUAGGCACAACAUGUAGUUCUAGCAAUAAAUCAGUCAAACCUGUAAGACCACACAAGGGAGAUGAGAAAUGUGGUAUCUAUGCACAGAUUCCAUUUAAUACUCUAAAACCUAAAAGGGACAAAAAUGUGGUCUUUAUGAGCAGGUUUCUUGAAUACCAAACUUGUAUAGAUUGUUAAGACCACUAAGGGAGACAAGAAAGAUGGUCUUGAUGCAGAAGUGGACUUUCUUGACAGGUUUCUGUAAUGCGUAGAAACCUGUAUAUAAAGACCAGCCUAAGGAGACAAGAAAGGCAGUCUCUAUGAGCAGAUGGUCUUUCUGGGCAGGUUUUAGUAAUAUAUAGACACCUAUUUAUAAAGACUACCCGAGGGAGACAAGAAAAGUGGUCAUUAUGCACAGGUUUCUGUAAUAUGUAGACACCUUUAUAUACAGACCAUUUGAUUGAGUCAAGGAAAGUGGUCUUUAUGAUCAUGGGGGUGUUCAGCGUGACUGGACAUUUAACUGUGACAGUUAAAUGUCCAGUUGCAUGCCGUAAAAAAGGUAUCACUGCACUGAUCAAAUCUAGCCAAGAGGAUGCGAUGCUGCAUAUAAAUUAAUAAGAAUGCAUGGUACAUAUUAUGUGCACUUCAGCUCUAAGUUGGGCUUUUAUUAAAGUCAUACUUAAUUCUUUGUCAAAAAUACCCCCAUGUGGUCUUUAUUGGCAGGUUCCUCUGAUACAUGUGUCAAUGGGAAAUACUAUUCAAGGGUUAACAUUAUUGUGGUAUUUAUAGACAUGUGGUCAUUCUAUACAGGUGGUCACUAAAACAGGUUUUACUGUAUAUUUACCCAUGGCAGAAGGUAAGAAAAGGAUGCAUGGAAGAGGAAAGAGAUUGAUAAAAAUGAUGAAAUGUAAAGGAGGAUAAUAGUGAUAUUGAGAUGAAACCUGGAGAGCUAAAGUAAGAUAAGUAGAUAUAUAAGUGCAAAGAGGGGUCUUUUUAUGAUAAUGGUAUGCACUACAGAAGUAAGUCGAGUAUUACAAUUAUUAUUUUUAAAGAUCUAGAGGUGGUAAAUUUAUCUUGAUGAAUGAAAAGUGGUGGUGGUCAUUUGAUAGAGUGAUAGAAUUAAAAGGAAAGGGGAUGAAAAAAAAAUCGAGAAAUAAAAAUCAAGAAUAGAUGAAGCAAGAUCUGGAAAUAUGCAUUGUUUUAAGAUAGAAUUAGAAUUAAUCUGGAUGAAAUAAGUUAAGGGUGAGAGGUGUGAGUGAAAAUUCUAUUUAGAUUCAAAAUGGAAAUUAUAGAGAGAGAAAUACAAACACAGAGAUAAGCAGAGGGGGGGGGGUCAUGAGAGAGAUGCAGAGAGAAUGAGAAAUGCAGAAAGAAUGAGAAAGAGACACAUAGAAAUGGGGAAUAGUUGGGGAUGAAAGGAAGUUUGAAGGAGAAAGAUAAUUAAACAAGAGGUAAGGAUAGAGACAGAAUCAACGAUUAUGUUUGAUGGAAUAAUCUGAAUUUUUAUGUCAAAAUAUCGUUAAGAUGGGAGGUGUAAAAAAAAUGUUUUUACAAUAUAGAAUGAUUGUAUAUAAAGGAUGAGAUGUAUACAAGUUGGAAAAUAGAAAUUGUGAAUGUAGAAUUGAGAAGAGGAGGAUGAGGAGGAGAGAAAAAAGCUGAGAAAGUGGAGGUGGCAAAGAAGUAGGGGUGGGAAGCAAAUAAGAUGAAGUUAGGAGGUAUGAUGAUUAGAUUUGAAGGAUAGAUGGAUGAAGAAUGGAAAGAAGGAAUGAUGGUAAAUUGGAGAAGAGAAGAGCAGAUUAGUGGAUGGUUUUAGAUAGAUGGAAGGAAUGUAUUACGGUAAAGAGAAAUAGAGAAAUGCAGAGAAUUUUAAACAUGGAAGGGAUAAGGGUUAUCCUCUACAUCAGUAGAGGAGAGAGAAGAUGUGAGAACUGAUUGGAUAGAUAGUGAGGUUAAAAUGAAAAAAAAAAGAAAUGAGAGAUAUAGAACAAUAAUAGUACAAAACAUGGAAUACUGUAGAGUGUAAAAAUAAUGAAAUGGUGUAGAAAAAUAGAUAUGAAUAGUUGAUAAGAGGAGAUGAUGGAAUGAUAGUGAGAUGAAAAUGGAAGAGAAUUGAGAGGAGAAAUAUAUAGAUGGGUUAUAGUACAUGAAAGAGAACUUAAACAAUGAGAGUAAUAGUGAUGGUUAGCAAGGGUAAUGAGGAAGAACAGAGAGAAUUUGUUGAUUAAUAAGACUUGAGGCAAUGGUAGAGAUUAAAUGAAAGGUAAUUUCUUGUGAGUUUGAGGAGAAGAGUAGCUUAAUAUUUGCUUGUACAUGAAAUAAUGAAAUCUACACAGGAGAUAUAAGCACAAUUUUAGAUUGCAGAAUAGUUUUAGCACAUGGAUUAGAGAGAAUUAUUGUUGGAGAAGUAAAGAGAAUGAUGCACUAUACUUAACCCAGAAUCACAAAAUUUUCUGAUGCUAUUUAUUUUGUCUGUAACUGGAAUCUUAUAACUGAAUAAAUUUACAUUUCCUGCAGUAUAAAAAUGAAGAUAUUCAGUGAUGGUGAAAUAUACCCAGAAGAAAGAGUUGUGUAAAAUUUCUUGAAAAUUUGAGGUGGGCACUUAAAUUCAUAGUAAUUCUGUUAGUCAUGACUGAAAGUUAGAGAUGUUUGUAUUCUUGUAAAAAAAGGUUGUUGAUUGUUUCAGGUGAAAAGGAGAGAUAAAGAGUUUAAUUUAGUAAAAGGAAAAGUGAAAUGGUACAGAUUAGCAAGUAAAGAAGAAAAGAGAAAUAAUGAAAGGAGAGGAAAUGAAAGGCAGAUAACGGGUGAAUGAAGCAGAGAAGAUAAAGAGGAUGUUGAGGUCAAAUUUUUAAGAUAAUUUAGUUUUUCCAAAAUAAAUAUUUGUGAAUGAGCAUUAAAAAAAUGGGAUGUAAGAGAGGAAAAGCAUGACUGUGUACCAGAGAACUGUGGUCAAUUACAGAUAACCUGAACAACUUUAUCAUCAAUCCAGCUUCCCCUUAACUGCUAUCCUUAAAAAAAAUGUUGCCAAUUUGCUCCUGUCAGAAACCCUUUACUGGUAUUGAAACAUUUCCAUAUAUUCCAUUC